UUUCCCUCCCUCGUUCCGCGCCGCUUAACGAGAUCUUGAUGGGCCUUUGCUCUCGUCUGCUCUUCUCAGACACCGUCCUCGCUCUCCUCGUGUCCAUCCUAUAAGUCUCAGCGCUCCUACCACCCGAGAAGUAUUAAUCCCAUAAUAAACGGAGCCAUGAGCUGGUGGUGGGCCGGAGCCAUAGGCGCCGCCAAGAAGAAGAUCGAUGAAGACUACGGCGGUGGCGCCACCGCCCCUAAGUUCCAGAGCGUCGGUCUGGUGAUCGGCGUCACCGGCAUCGUCGGCAACAGCCUCGCCGAGAUCCUCCCCCUCUCCGACACUCCCGGCGGCCCCUGGAAGGUCUAUGGCGUGUCCCGCCGCCCCCGCUCCGUCUCUUUCGGUUCCCUCAACGAGGGCCUCGCCGUCGAACACAUCCAGUGCGACGUGUCCGACCCCGACGACGCCUUCGCGAAGCUCUCUCCCCUCACCGACGUUACCCACGUCUUCUACGUCGCGUGGGUGAACCGCAUCGUUGAGGCCGAGAACCGGGAGGUCAAUUCGGCCAUGCUCCGCAACGUUCUCGCCGCCGUCCUCCCCAACGCCCCAAAUCUCCAGCACAUUUGCCUCCAGACCGGCCGCAAGCACUACCUCGGAUCGUUCGAGUCCAUAGGCAAGGUGAAAGCCCAUGAACCCCCUUUCCGCGAGGAUCUCCCACGGCUUGACUGCCCCAACUUUUAUUACGACCUCGAGGACAUCCUCUUCGAGGAGGUGGCCAAGAGGGAGGGGGCCGUGACGUGGUCGAUCCACCGCCCGACAACGAUCUUCGGCUUCUCCACGUGUAGCCUCAUGAACUUCGUGGGGAGUCUCUGUGCUUAUGCCGCAAUUUGCCGGCGGGAAGGGGCCCCGUUGAAAUGGCCGGGAAGCCGGGUAGCUUGGGAGGGGUUCAGCGAUGCCUCCGAUGCUGACCUGAUCGCCGAGCACCAUAUCUGGGCGGCGAUCGAUCCGUAUGCCAAGAAUGAGCCAUUCAAUUGUAGCAAUGGGGAUUUGUUCAAGUGGAAGCAUUUGUGGCCGUUGCUGGCGCGGGAGUUCGGGGUGGAGUGGGUCGGGUACGAGGGAGAGGAGCGGCGGUUCAAGCUGGUGGAUGCGAUGAAGGAGAAGGAAGGGCUGUGGGAGGAGAUGGUUGCGGAGCAUGCGCUUGCGCCCACCAGGCUGGAGGAGGUGGGGAACUGGUGGUUUGUUGAUGCUGUGUUAGGCGUGGAGGAGGUGCAUCUGGACAGCAUGAACAAGAGCAAGGAGCACGGGUUCUUGGGGUUCCGAAACACGGUAUCUUCUUUCAUUUCUUGGAUCGAUAAGAUGAGGGCUUACAGGAUUGUUCCUUGAUGUUGCUUUUAUAUGUUCCUUCUAUCCGCCAUUUAAUCUAUUAAUUCACCUUGCUUGCUUGGUUUGCCUUUUGUUUUCAUUCAUGAAGGAUUGGUUGUAUGAUUUUUGUGUUUUUGAAAGUGAUAGAAUGAAAUGAGGAUGCAUGUCCUCAUUUGCGCUAUUAGUGUUGUGGUGUUUUGUUGGCUUUAGAGAAAUUUAUUUGUGUCAGCCAAGUUAAAGAUGGUUGCAAUGUUACAUCAAGAAGUAACAAAACCUUCUUGUUUGAUCUAUUUAAUA